GUCAUGUUCGUGCAAAACCUAAUUGUGUAAAAAGAUCUCACACGAUCGUGCGUCGCUCAGUUUGCGUCGAAUCGACGGACAGUAUGGAAGUAAAAGGGGGUACGUUAUUCUCUGUAGUGGUAUUAUUGUCCCUCACCGCACUGGUGCAGGCUAUAGGAGAAGAAAAACCACGACGACUGGUGUGUCAUUAUACUACUUGGUCGCAGGGCCGCGCAGGAGAUGCUUCCUACCGCAUUGAGGAUGUUCCCGGACAACUGUGCACGCAUGUCGUAUACAAUUUUAUCGGCAUCGAUGAAGAUACUUACGAGUUGAUGCCCCUGCAGCGUGAAAUCGACAUCGUCCAGAACGGGUUUGGUCGUUUUGUGGAUUUGAAAAAAAAAUAUCCUCAACUGCGUCUCUCAAUCGCCGUCGGAGGGUGGGCUCACGGGGGUGAAAAAUUCAGCCGAAUGGCAGCGUUCAGACGUCGACGACAGAAAUUCGUUGUGAGCGUAGUGAAAUUUUUGGAACAGUAUGGUUUCGAUGGAUUGGAACUUGCCUGGUUGUAUCCUGGAAAUCCAGAGCGAGGAGGCAACGUUAAUGAUAAGGAUAAUUUUAUUUACUUAGCCGAAGAGCUUUCACGUGCCUUCCAGAAGAUCGGACGUGGUUGGGAACUAGCUAUUCAGGUACCGGCUGAUAAGUCUAGACUAGGGAUAGGAUAUGAAAUCGAUGCCUUGUGCGACGCUACCGAUUAUGUGCACCUGAUUGGAUAUGACAUGCGCGGUUGGUGGAAUAACUUUGCGGAUGUGCACAGUCCAAUGACGGAUCGACCACACGAUCAAGGUAACUUCCGGGGAAUCAAUGUUAAGGAAGGCGUUGAACAGUGGCUUUCAAAAGGAUGUUCUCCGAGCAAAAUGGUUCUCGGAGUUCCGAUGCUCGGUAGGACCUAUAUUCUGGCGAGUUCCCAAGAAAACGGCAUCGGUUCCCAAACUACGGGGCCGGGUCCAGCCGGUCGUUAUACUCACGAGGCCGGGUAUCUAGGAUAUUUCGAAAUUUGUCUCAAGUUCAAAGAUGCGCGCUCAAAAUGGCGCCAGCUGUGGGAUGAUGUUGGACUUUGUCCAUAUGCCUACCAGGGACGCGAAUGGAUUGGUUAUGAGAAUGAGCAAUCACUGCAGGAAAAGGUCAAGUUCGUCAAAGAGAAACAGCUGGCUGGAAUAUUCGCUUUUUCAUUGGACCUGGAUGAUUAUCGAGGCGAUUGUGGUGGGGAACCCUAUCCACUAACCAGAGAGUUGUACAAAUACAUAGAGGAAAAUAAAUCGGACAGUGAUAUUACAUCUGGUAUUGAUCGGCCAUGGUCGGACAAGUGGCUUUUCCAGUUUUUAAUCAUACUCGUUUGUGUGGUUAAUAAAGCUGCGUCGCGGCGGACUACGACUACUCAGUUGCAGUUCACGCGUCAUCGACGACACAACAUGAAACACGCUGCGCUGCUAAUACUGCUGACUUCGACGGUCAUAGACUAUGCUCGAGGGCUCGUUCAUAAUACAUCCAAGGGGAGGAGAUUUAUCUGCCACUACACAACUUGGUCCCGAACAAGACUGCAAGAUGGAGCAUCCUACAGUAUUGAAGACAUUCCGGGGGAGCUUUGUUCCCAUGUGGUAUACAACUUUGUCGGAGUUGACGAGAAAACGUACGAACUGGUUUCGAUGCAACCAGAAUUCGAUUUGAAUGAAAACGGUUUUCAGCGAUUUGCAGCAUUGAAGGAAAAAUUUCCGAACCUGAAGCUGUUGGCAGCCGUCGGAGGUUGGGGGCAUGGCGGUGAAAAGUUCAGUAAAAUGACAGAGUUUCGUGAAAGGCGGGCCCGUUUUGUGGCUAGUGUGCAAAAGUUUCUUCACAAAAACAAAUUCGAUGGGCUGGAGGUUGUGUGGCUAUACCCGGGAAAUUUUGAUCGGGGUGGCAGCGUGAAUGAUAAAGACAAUUUUUACUAUUUGAUACGGGAACUGGCGAAAGCAUUCAAAGAUUCCGGUAAAGAAUGGGAAAUUAGUGUGCAAGUGCCAGCUGAUAAGUCACGAAUUGAUGUCGGUUACCAGAUCGAUGCGCUGUGCGAAGCAGCUGAUUUCAUUCACGUCAUUGGUUACGAUUUACGCGGCUGGUGGAACAACUUUGCUGAUGUGCACAGUCCGAUGGCAGAUCGUCCCCAUGAUGAGGGAAACUUCGUGGGGCUAAAUGUGAACAACGGAGUGGAGCAGUGGUUACAUGAAGGCUGCCCAGCCAGCAAAAUCGUACUGGGUGUACCGCUUUUCGGCCGGACAUAUCUUUUAUCCAGUCCCGAAGAUAAUGCUGUGGGUGCACCGACUAUUGGAGCCGGAUCCGCUGGAGAAUAUACCAAUGAAGCUGGAUAUCUCGGUUAUUGUGAGAUCUGUCAAGCACUUCCCAAUAUGACAGUCCGAUGGGAUGAUAUUGGCCAGUGCCCUUAUGCGUUCAGUAGCGAGGAAUGGAUCGGAUAUGAAGACGAGCGAUCGCUCAGAGCCAAAAUCGAUUGGGCAAUCAAAAAUCGUCUCGCAGGAAUAUAUGCCUUCUCGCUCGAUCUAGACGACUAUCGGGGCCAUUGUGGGACACCGUAUCCUCUGACCAAAGUGCUACAUAUAUACUACGAACAAACCAAGCACGAAUCGCUCGUAACAUGGCCUUAACGAUAGGGCAUACUGUUGAAACAUGUGAUUUUAUUUUUAUUGUGGUUAUGAGCAACCAACAAGUGUGGCAAAAACUAUUUAAUUAUUUUUAUAAAUAAACCGCACCCAAAAGCGUCUUUUGAGAAAAUAA